AUGAAAGGAUUAGGUAUCACCGUUGUAGUUCCCUUGGUUAUCGUCUUAAUCAAUGUUUCUAGUAGUUAUGGUGCUAAGCAACGUCAUCCACCUGUGUUGCGUUAUUAUUUCAUUGACAUUGAUAGUAAAACCAACAAUUUGUUGGUGAUAAAUUCUAGAACAAAUAAAUUCCAAUAUCGUCAUAAUCGUAGUGAAAUAGUGAAUUUAAAUGAAGAAAAAGUCUUAGCUGAAAUAGAUUUUGCAUUCGCAAAUCGAUUAUAUACUGCAAACUUUGUCCUAUUUAAGAAGGGAAAUGGUGUACCUAUAAUGGAUGCUCCAGAUGGAAUUUAUAGUGAUGAUUUGAUAUUACCAGCAAUAACAGGUACAAUCACAGAACAAUCUACAUGGUUUUAUCGUACAACUGAAUUAAUAUAUGAUCAUAAAAAAAUCAUCAUAAAACGUAAAUUGAUAAAAGAGCAUUUUAAAAUCUAUGAGGAACAAGAUAAAUCGCAUUUAUUAGCUGAAUUUUAUCAUGAAUUAAAGUGGAAAUAUUCACGUUAUAGAUUAAAUAUUUAUUCCAAUGAUCACAUCGAUCUCAUUUACUUUCUGUGUGGUGUUGUUUGUUAUCAACAAACUAUGCUUAAACUUGAUUAA